CGCCUGUACUCCUGGCUGCGGCAGGACGGCAGCGAGGAGGCGGCCCUCUCGUACGGCGAGCUGCGGGAACGGGCCUGCGCGCUCGCUGUCUGUCUGAGGCUGCGGUGGGACGUCCCAGAGCGCGGCCGCGUGAUGCUUGUCUACCCGCCUGGUCUCGAGUUCCUGGUGGCCUUCUUUGGUGCUCAGUACGCCGCCGUCAUAGCUGUCCCCUACUACCCUCCCGUGCUUCCGACGUCGCCUGCCCCGAGCGCCAGUGCGCGCCGCCGCCUCGCCGACGGCCUCGCCAAGCUGGCGCGGAUCGCCGGCGCGGCUGCUCCCCUCGUCUGCAGAGAGGAGGCGUGCCGCUGGCCGGAGGAGUGGAGGUGGCACGCGAGCGACGACUCGCUGGCGCCCCCCUCGGGCGAGGAGGAGGCGUGGCUGCACGCCGCGGUUGCCGGCCGGACGAGGCCCGCGGAGUCCGAAAUCGCCUUCCUGCAGUUCACUUCGGGGAGCACAGGCAACCCAAAGGGCGUGAUGGUCGGCACGCGCAACCUCGUCGCCAACGUGCGCCUGAUAAUACAGGCCAACGUGCGCGCAGUGCCGGCGGGAGAGCUCGCCAUCGUCUCGUGGCUGCCGCAGUACCACGACAUGGGCCUCAUCGGAGGCUGCCUCUCCGCCGCCCUCUCCGGGUGGAGGGCCGAGCUCUUGUCGCCCUUCGCCUUCCUGCAGCGGCCGCUCCUCUGGCUCCUCGCCAUCUCGCGCCUCUCCGACUCGCACCACGUCGUCAGCCCGGCGCCCAACUUCGGGUACGCGCUCUGCGUCCGCCGCGACGCCGAGCUGCCGCGCCUCGACCUCUCCCGCUGGCGGAUAGCGAUGAACGGGGCGGAGCCGAUCCGCGCGGCGACGCUGCGCGAGUUCGAGGCCAAGUUCGGCCGCGCAGGCUUCGACCCGGCCUCGUGGGCUUGCGUCUUUGGCCUUGCGGAGAACGUGCUCUACGUCGCUGGCUGCGCCGAGCCCGCCCACCUCCUCCGCCUCGACCGCGCUCGCCUCGCCGUCGGGGACGUGCCGCUCCCGCGCGCGUCGCCGGCCGGCGCCUCCCAGGCGCUCGAGGCGUGCGGCCACGCGCUGCUGCCCGAGCGCGAGAGCGGGCAGGCCGUCCGCAUCGUCGGAGACGCGCGGGAGGCGCUGCCGGACGGCACGGUCGGCGAGGUGUGGGUGCGGGGUCCAUCGGUGGCGCGCGGGUACUGGCAGCUGGAGGAGCUGUCGCGGGAGACGUUCUGCGCCACACUCGCGGGCAGCAGCGAGGGGCAGAGCGGCGAGAGCGGCUGCGGCGCAGACUCGUACCUGCGGACGGGCGACCUCGGCCUGCUCUGGGAGGGGCGGCUCUACAUCGUCGGCCGGAUCAAGGACGUGCUCACCAUCAAGGGGCGGACGCUGCACGCGCACGACAUCGAGGUGUGCGCCGAGCGCGGCAGCGACGCGCUGCGGCUCGGCUGCUGCGCCGCCUUCCCCGUCCUCGGCGACGAUGGCGACGAGGCGCUCGUCCUGAUGGCGGAGCUGCGCGAGGAGGCGGCGCGGGCGUGCGCCGCCGUCGCGGCGCAGGUGGCGAGUGCGGUGGGCGAGGGCGAGGGGGUGAGGCCGACGGUCGUCGUGCUGCUCGCGCCGCGCUCGAUCCUCAAGACAACCUCGGGCAAGCUGCGGCGGCGCGAGCUGCGCCUCGCGUAC